AUGUCCAAGCAGUUGACGCGCACGAGCAAGCGCCUGGCGACGGAUUCCAUGCGAUCGUAUCUCAAGGAUAUCGGUUCCGUCACGCUCUUAAACGCCGGUCAAGAGGUCGAACUCGCCAAGCGCAUUCAAGAUUUGAUGCAUUUGGAGAGCAUUCGCGAAAACCUCGUCGAGGAGACGGGUCCUGGCGCCGAAGUCACCGACUACCAGUGGGCGUCGGCGGCGGGUUUAAACGUGCAGGCGCUCCAUCAGCGUUUGCGCGACGGUAAGUCGGCGAAGAACGAGAUGAUUCAAGCCAACUUGCGCUUAGUGGUCUCCAUCGCGAAGAAGUACGCCAACAGUAACAUGAGCUUCCAGGAUUUAAUCCAAGAAGGGUGCGUCGGUUUGAUUCGCGGGGCGGAGAAGUUUGAUUUCCAACGCGGGUACAAGUUUAGUACGUACGCGCACUGGUGGAUUCGCCAGGCGGUGACGCGUUCGAUUAGCGACCAAAGUCGCACGAUUCGCUUGCCCGUGCACUUGUUUGAAAUCAUCUCCCGCAUCUCGAAGAUGGAGCAAAAGUUUGCGUUGCAUAACGGUCGCAACCCGACGACGGAGGAAAUCGCCGCAGAGAUGGAUAUGUCGGCGGAGAAGAUUACUCAGAUUAAAAAGGCUGCGCAAGCGCCCGUGUCGCUGGCUCAGACCAUGGGUGGAGAUAACAAAGGACGCACCGUCGAAGACACCCUCGUGGACGUCACCGCGGAGGGCCCAGAGAAGGUGAGCGGCAAGUCCCUGUUGAAGGAGGAUUUGGAAAACGUACUGAACACGCUCAAUCCGCGCGAGCGGGACGUGUUGCGACUUCGGUACGGAUUAGAUGACGGUCGCGUGAAGACCCUUGAAGAGAUCGGGACGGUGUUCUCCGUCACUCGCGAGCGCAUUCGACAAAUCGAAGCCAAGGCUCUUCGAAAGUUGAAGCAACCGUCGAGGAAUUCGAUUUUGCAAGAGUACUUCGCCGACAGCGACGCGUCCUCGUUACCGAAGCCGCCGCCGAUGAACCCGUAG